CCCGGCCUUCCCUCAGGGGCCGCCCCCGCGGGGCCCCGCCGGGCUGGGGGGAGGCCGCGGCCGAAGGGGCGGCUCGGCGCGCCGGGCGCUCCCUCAUUUUUUUCACUGGAGGGCAGCCUCGGCGCAGCCGGGCCGCGAGAACGGCUGCUCCCCGCCGCCCGGCCCUCCCUCGGCCUCCUUCCCCGCCGGGAAGCGGCGGGGCACGGCGGCAGCGGCGGCAGCAGCGGCGGCGGCCCUGCUCCCCUCAGCGGGUAACGGGGCGGGGGGGGGGGGGCGGUGGCGGUGGCGGCGCGGGCCAUGGCGGGUCUGCCGCUGUACCACGUGACGCCACGGCGCCCCCUCCGCGCGCAGGCGGGGUCUGACGGCGACGCGGCGGAAGCGUCGGGCGCUGAGACCGCCCCGCGGUGGGGCCGGCGGGAAGUGAGGUUUGCCGAGCCGCCCCCGCCGCGGGAAGGCGGCAGCUUCGUUCCCGCACGGCGCGGAGAGGCGGUGGGAGGCGGCCGGGGCAGGGGGCGACGGCGCCGCGGAGCGGUAGCGGGCAGGAUGGUGGGGGGGAGCGACGGGCAGGCUCAGCCGGACGCCACCGAGCUGAAGCGCAGGCGGAAGAGCCCCCGGUUGGCGGCGGCGCCGGCGCCGGCGGAGGAGGCCGAGGUGGAGGCCGCGACCGAGCCCGGCCCCGGUGGGGCGCUGGAGGGAGACGAUCGUCACUUUGGGAUUCCAGACUCCUUGACUCGACCCCCUAUAAAAGCGUGUAGAUCGGCAGGCAGUUCUUCAAUUUACUUUCUUCAGGAGAAUCUGAUAAAGGAAAAAGCAAAGGCUUAUGACAGUAACGAACCCGAGACACCAGCAGGGCUUCAACCAAACAUUUAUACGCUGUCAAAAGAAGGAAAGGCUGACUUCCUUGAGAAAAAUCAAGAGCACUCUUCAACAACAUCACAGAGCAGAAGUAAAUUUCGAGAUCAGGCCAGUAUAGGGAAGCAGUCACAGCCUUUGGCCAAAAAUGAUGGUGAAUUGCAGAGUGGAUUUCACAAGAGCCGGACUUUGUUACUGUUUCUGUUAAUUGGUGUGCCAUUGCUUUAUGUCCUGUGGAGUGAAAUACCAAAACUUCUAGAUGCAACUUUGUCAAGUAGAGAUACUCAAAUUCUGCAAGCGUUUCGGGCCCGGAUGAAGAAACUUAAAAAUACUUACCAAAGUCAGGACCCCAAUCUGUGGAAAAGAACCCAUGUGUUCCUUGAGAAACACCUUAAUGCUUCCCAUCUGCAUUUGGAGCCAGCCAUCUUACUGUUCACAGCUGGCCAAGAAGCUGAGAAAGCACUGAGGUGCCUAAGUAAUGAGAUUGCCGAUGCUUUUGCCUUCUCCCAGAAUGCUACUACAAUCAAAAUUAACGGGGCAGACAAAGCCAUAUUGGAUAGUGACAUUGUCAAGCUGGAGGUAGAUAAUGAGCUCAGCUCUGGGUUCAGAGAAGGCAAGAAGGUAGCAGUGGUGCAUCGAUUUGAGUUACUGCCCGCAGGUUCCACCUUAAUCUUUUACAAGUACUGUGACCAUGAAAAUGCAGCUUUUAAGGAUGUGGCUCUUCUGCUGACAGUUCUCCUGGACGAGCAGUCGCUGAGAAAGAGCCUCACUUUGCAAGAAGUUGAGGAGAAAGUCCGGGAUUUCCUCUGGGCGAAGUUUACCAGUUCAGAUGUUCCUAGUUCUUAUAAUAGCAUGGACACAGAUAAGCUGAGUGGACUGUGGAGCCGUAUAUCUCAUCUUGUGUUGCCUGUUUGGCCUGAAAAGGGCCUCCUUGUGGAGGGGUGCACAUAAAAGUUAUCAGAGAGGACUUGGGAAAGGAGGAAGACAGAAAACGUAUGUUGCAAUGGCUGAACAGGGAAGAGCUUACUGCACCUGCUGAGCUCAGGCAUCAUACAGGCCUUUCUGUGCAAAGAAACUCCACCAACUGGCAGGGUUGUUUCUGCUAAAUUAACUCUGACUUGUCUGAAUCAACUGCAGAAUGUAAGCAAGGAACUUGCUGGUUGUUGGUAAGUUGCGUUCAGUGACUUAUUCAGGCUUGGCGUCCUGGAGCUGGAAGUAGGUGUCCACUGGUGCAGAACCACUCAUCUGCUUCUGAAGCUGUCUUGAGGCACUAUUGGCUUUGCUGUGAGGAUCCUUUGCUGAUGGUGCAUAAAGCUGGUAUCGCGUUUGACAAGGGGAUAGGAUGCAAAAACAUCACCUUCAUCUGCCCGAAUUGCUUACUUUUCUUCUAACAUAAGAAAAAACCUAAACUGAAAAUGAUGAUAAAGCAAUGCGAGUCUAAGCACAAGCUUUUUCUUGAUCCAUCUGAUCACAACAUAGAUGUCAGCUGUCUCUGGUGACUUCUAGAAAUGGCAAAAUUGCUUAAAAGAUAGUGACUUGUAGAGAACCUUUCAGCAAGCAUUUCUUCCUUAAGUGAGCCUGCCCCAAACAGUUCUGGAAGGCGAGAAGAACUGAGGUAUGAAGGAUUGCUUGAUGUUAGUAGUACUGACGUCAGUUGAAUAAUCCCUCAGCACCUCUCUGCCUCACUGCUUCCAGGAAUUCUCUGCUCUUUGUCAAAGUUUUGCAAGUCUUAAAAUUUGGAAGGAAAUGAUAAAAUGUCAGUCGUGUGUACUAAAGACCUAUUACAUCUCCUUUCCAAACAGAAGUUUAGGAAGAUACAGAUUAUUUCUCAUUUUAAUAAGAUGAUUAUUUUUGCAUAAAGAGAAUUUAUUUAUUUGUCAUACUUGGUAUCCUAGAAAAAUAACCUUUCUUCAUGUGUCUGCAUAUAACCUGCUGCUUGCUGUAUAAGCUUCUAGUGAAGGCUAGAUUAGCAAUGCAUGUUUUUAAAAUACAUUUUUUUUAGUGCCUCAUGCUGAGAAUCCCUUGCACCAGACUGAAAACAUGUACUUGUAUCUAUUGUAAGUAUUUUGUGUACAACAUAAGAGAAUUGCAGCACUUCCAUUUCACUGCCAUUAGUGUAUGCUCUUGAACUAUUGGUUUGUGUGUAUUUGGUUUUAUUGAGUAUGAAGGAACAUGUAGAGGCUGCUCUCAAAUUAAUAGGACAUUUUCUUGUAACACAUGAGAGAUUAGUGGCUCUUGGACCCAUCCUUUAUUCACAAGCACUUUGAGCUGUCCUGUUACAAAAAGUCCUUAACCAGGAAAACCUCUUGAGGUGCUGGAGCUUCUGGCUUCUUUGCGCAAGUAAAGGUUUGGGGUGUGACGUGGAACGGCCAAAAUUACCUUAAGCAUAUAAAAGAACACAGUUUGACAGAGACAGAUCUGUGGUCACUUAUACCAGAGAUGGAUUUGUUUUAACCACUGAGAGCCAGCAAUGGAUAGUGCUUUUUAUUUUAAUGGCAAGAAAUAGAAACAGUAAAAAGACAUGGAAGUGCUGCUGUUCUGGAUGUUUAAGAAUAGCUCAGGAAGGAAAAGAUGGCAUUUACAUUUUGGACAUUUCACUGGACAAAUGUUUUUUAAGAAAACAACUGUGACUUAUUUCUGAGUGUGUCCUGAUAGCAUAUCUGUUUGUAUAUUAUGUAAACUAUUUUAGUAAUCAUUAAAAAUAAAUUUACUUGUUUGUUUUAGAAGCUGUUUUAUGAUUUGCCCAUUGAAUUUUAAGCAGUCAGACUUUGUGUUUUUACAUGUUUAAGAUUGUUCCUUUUACCUUUGACCAAAUACAGAUGCCUAAAAUACAACCUUUUGCAAAAUUUAGAACUUUUAAGAAACUUGAGUGGGGUGGUAGAUACUGGGAUGCAGAUGUGUGUAUUUGAUAACAUCAGGGCUUUUCUCUAACAGGGAGCACUUCAGGAAAUGGUAGUAGCUCUGAACUGUGUUUUACUUGGUAUGCUUGUACUAAUUCCUCAGUUCUGAUUUCAGCUGGAACUAAUAAUAAGAUAUGGUUCACUUGUUUGAUUAGUCUGGUACAGGAGUCAGCAGCUGACAAAAGGGAUGACUUCAUUCUUGUUCCACUCCUAACUGCAUGUUCCUGUACCUCUGCUGUUGCAAACUAGUGCGCUGUGAACGGACUGGAGGGACAGUCUUACUAAAAACUAGCUUAGGAAAAAAGUAUAUAAUUAGCAGAAUUGGCAACCACAAAAGAAGACUAAGUUAUGACAUGAAGGCAGGAGAUUCCAUGCUCUUAUACAAAUAAAAUAUAUGUAAUCGAGGAUAUUUUCUGUUUCUAAAACUGUUCCGCCCCCAAUUAUGGGGUACUAAAGAGCUAUGUUCCCGUAACAAGACAAAAUAGGAAGGUGCCUGGAAACUAAAGACUUAAUGUUCUACUUAAUGUUGUGCCAGACAAAAGAGAAUCACUUUUUUGGUUAACUGUAGAGAAGAGUGAGGUGUGUUUCCAAAUAUAUGGUGUGCUACUUAGUCUGGAAAAAUAAAUCAAAAGCAAAAUGGUAUAAACAGUAGCCUCUUCUGGAGGAGGGGAAAGGCUCAGGAUUAGAAGACUGUUCCUGCUGUUGAAGAAGUCAGCCCUUUUUGUAGCUGUUUGUGGCUUUGUCCUUAAAAGACUGACAUUAAAUAUCCACAAGUACUUAAUGCAGAUCUCAUUAAGUAACUCCUCCUCAGCCAGAGGUGAAGAGUAAUGUCUGUCUGUGUUGCUCAGGCAGCUGAUUACUAUCCUUCUUGUAUAAUUAUUCCAUUGCCUGCAGCAAACAUAGCCAUUUGAUGUUUUCCAAACUGUAAAAUACUUUGGCUUCUUCUUGAGAAAUCUCACUUUUGAAGUGAACUGUCCCUAACUGUCAGCAGCUCAGCAAAUUAAAUAGUCUGCAACAGCAAAAAUGUGCUUAUAUAGAGCAAAGACACCAGCUCUGGCCUUGGGACUGAGAAGAGGAUGCUUCUUGUUCUGUGGGCUUACAGCACACAAACGGGGCAGAACACAAUCUUUUGGGGAGCUGAACCAGCUACACACCAAUUUGCAGACAAAAUUUCCAGCACUCUGCAAAUUGGACUGGAAAACACAGUCAAAAGUGCUCCUUGGGUUGCAAGCGGACAGAUCCCUGCAGCUGGCGAGAGCCCCCUUGCAGGCAGGCAGGCGAAAGGUGGAGCGUGGUCCCACCUCUGCUCCCACUGCCACCUCUGUGCACCUGGAGGAUGGCAAUACCCAUAUUGCCUUCAGCAGUGGAUGUUGUAAAAGGGAUCCAAACAAUGGUGCAGCCCUGUCUGUUGUUACCUUGUCUCUCACACCUUACUCAGAGUCAUGUUGCGCUGAGCAGUGGAGUUUUGAGCGUGCUAAGCGGGUUCGUUAAAAGGACUAAUUUUUUCCCCUAGUUUUUCAUACCACAAAAGCAUUUCCUCAUUUUUCACAAAUUAAAAAAAGUCAUGGUUUUCAUAUCCUUUUUUUUGAAAAGGUAUUUGUUUUGCACUAAUAAUUGAUUCAGCUCAAACUGAGUGCAAAAGGCAAGGUGAGCUCUGUGUUCAGGUAGACAUAAAAGUUUUUGCUGUACAGAAUGCAGCUGUACACAUCUGCAGUGCAAUCGCCAGCAUGCUGUAUUUAGGCAAAAAGAAUCUGGUUUUGGAGGUUUGUAAUGAUAUACGAACAACUUGCCAGAUUCUGUGCUAAGACUGUCUGAAAAACUCUCGAGAACAAAUCUGAAACGAUCCCUUUCUUUUAUAAGCCCAAAUUGCACAGAAACAAUUUUUCAUGCAUUGUUUCUGCUGUAAGACAAACUGCAAAAUUGCAGGAGUACAGAGAAGGUGUAGGGGGGGGCUGUUCCUGUAGUCCUCACAGCUGUCCUGUGUCCUGUUUUAUUGUCAGCUCCUGACAGUUGGACAGCCUGGACAACCUCAUUCCAUGUCCAACAGGUGGAAGCACCCUUCCCCAAAUUCCUCUGUGGCUCUUGGAAGCUGUGUCAGUCAAGGCAAGGGGGGAGGGAGUCUGGGGGGCUCCAGCCGAUCUUUCGGCUGCAAUAGCCAGCUGCCCCUUUCUAAUUUUAGAAGGGGUGUGCAAGAGUAGUAUGGAGUGGAAAACUUUCCAAACCUCUCUCUUAAAGCUGCAAUAACCAAGUUAGCGUAAGAUGAGAUGGUGGCUCUUUACUUUUAACUUACUAUCUGUCUCCAUUCACCGCUUGCAGUGCUCAGGCAGUGCUUGCUGUGCUUAUCUCCUUUGCUUUGCAGUUUAGUGAGUAAUUCAUCAAACUGGAGUGUGUUCAAUUCUUCCUUUUCUCUCAGCCGUGGCUGUUUGCAGGUAAAUGGUUUCUUUAUUUCUAAUCUUAGAGAAUUUCACUAGAUGACUGCAUUUUCUGUAAGAAUGUCUUUCUCUUUUUUCAUGUGAUGUUUGCCUGUCAGAGCUUUCCGUUCACUGGUAGGGAAUCUUUGAAAAAAUCACCUAAAGUUUUACGAUUAAGUUCCACUGACAGAUACAGAGAAUAAAUAGAAGCCACAUAGAAGCAAAACCAGUACACAAACAUUGCCUUUUAAUUUUGACUGACUGAAAACAAAUGAUUUUCAUGUUUGAGAAAAUUCUAAUGUGAUGCCUUGUUUGCCUGGAGAUGAAAAGGAGGAGCAUGAAACUAGAUUAACCACUUCCAAGCAGAAAAGAGAAACUAUGUUUGAAAGCAUAAUUAGAGAGGUAGUGCAUUACAAAAGUGCUGAGUAAUUUAAAUAGCCUGCCAAUCCAGCAAUAUUAAGCAGUAAAUUUAAACAAACACUAGGUGAUGACAGGGAAUGUAAUAAUUUAAUUUGCCCUAGUCUAUGAUCAGGGCUCCCAUACACUGUAGUAAUAUUGUUUUCAUUGACUGAAAUUGUCAUCGUUGCUGUUAUUAUUAUUUACAGUCUUCUCCUGCAUUUGGGAGGAGUGGGUUUGCUCUUUGAGGACUCAGGAGGGAAUUAGGCACUACUUACCAUUUUUUCCCAUUGGAGCUGUGCUCGUCUUUUGGUGUUCACGUAUUUUUUUUCUUUUCCUUCGUCUGGUAAAACAAAAUAGUUUUCAAAGGUUUAACCACUGACAUCUCAAGCUUACCUCUUGUUUCAAAGGAGGUAUGCUUAUGCUGGAAUAUAUACUCUGUAAUUAGUUUGUGUAUGUAAAAGAGCCAAAUUAAGGUUAAAUGGGUAUCCUGUAAUUGUGACAUGAUUAAGUUCUGCAUUGCCUAAGUAAUGGUCUCUCAGUGUUUAGGGUGUUUUCGUAUGGUGUUCCCAUAUUGGAAUAAUUUAUAUGCAAAAUGUUGACCAUUCACAAGAGGAGAGGCUAUGUAAAAAUAGUUUAAUCCUUUUUAGUUAAAAAAGGGAAAGGAGAAAAAAACCACCCAAACCUCCAGUAGUUUUAGUGAUCCCUUGGUAGUUGGGGUAGGUAACUCUCCACCCCCGUGCUCCCCCAAGAAAUUUGGCAUUGAUAGUCAAACAGUCAUACUAAUGACUGAAAACCAGACUCUGGUGAAGUUGUAGACAAGCCCUGAAGGAGACAUUCCCAAAAUAACUGUAAGAAGAAUUUAUUUUUUCCUAUUCUAAUGACUUUCCUUCUUCAGUGGAAGUAAUUUUGUUAUAGUUGGAUAACAUCUUAGACCUAUUUUUGAAACGUGGGUUGUUUAAAUGCAUCUUUGGAGUGG